UCACAAAACAAAAUAACACAAAAUCCAUACAAAAACAACAAAAAAACACCACAGAAGGCACACAAAGGACACACACACGGAUACACGGGAUCCAUGACCCUUAACCCCUACCCCCAACUCUUACCCCUCUAGCCCACCAUGUACCAGAACCAGUUCAUCUACUCCCGGGAGCGACGUCGCUUCGGGAGGCAGUGCCUCUUCCAGGAUCGCAACGAACUGAUGGUCAGCGUGCAUCCGAGCGGGAAGCAGCGGCUGAAGUACAUUCUCCGCAAUCCCAGCGUGCACGAGACCCAGCUGAGCAGUCAGAUGGCGCUGACCAUCAUGGAGACGGAGAACGUGACCCUGGAGCACCACGGACUGUUUCACUACGAGGGCGGGUGGCCCCGCGAGGUCAACAUCAACGACGAGGAGCAGACGCUGCGCCACCGCAAGAAGGUGGAGCGGGAGGACAGUUGGGGGCAGCAGGUGCUCUCGAUGAUUAGGUCGGUGAUCAAGGUGGCGGAGCAGAACAACGCCCUCAACAUAUACCAGGAUUUCUUCGCCGAAAUUCCGCCAGAUGUGGGCCACGACAUCCGGAUGAGGUACAGGGCCCGGGUGGCGAACGUCUUCCACGAUCUGUACCUGCCGCCCCGCCAGAUGAACCUCAUCGAGUGGAUGCCCAACAACGACCGCCAGUUCAUGGCCCAGUUCAUGAAUCAGUUUCAAGAAUCAGCAUCUGGUCGGCCAGGUCAGGAUCGACUCCGGCUGCUCACCGACGAGCCGUUCGGAGGGGAAAACGCUUUUUACACCUGGGACGUGAAGAAUCCCCUCAAGCCGAAGCUCUUCUAUGACUCCAACGAGCCCGUUUCGCUGGCCAAGAUCUGCCCGAAGGAUGAGAACAACAUAGUGGGAGGGACCUGUUCGGGCAAGGUCUGUCUGUGGGCCACCUUCCGGAGCGGGAUGCCAUUGCGCACCUGUCCGCUGGAGGCGUCCCACAGGGAGACCACCUCAGCCCUCUGCUGGGUCCACUCAAAAUCCAACACGGAGUUCUACUCGGGCUCGCUGGACGGCUCUAUAAAGUACUGGGACACCCGGGAUCUGAUGAUGCCCGUGCAAGAGCUGCUCCUCGAAACGGAGCCCCAAGAGCGACAAUCGAGGGAGGACGCCCAUGGAGUCACGGUUCUGGAGUUCGAGUACACUAUUCCCGUUCGGUUCAUUAUCUGCAGCGACAUGGGCCACGUCUUUGUGGGGAAUCGUAAGGGCAUGACCCCGAUGGAGACCCUGCUGGGUCACUAUCCGCUUUUCGCGGGUCCCAUCCGGAGCAUCAACCGGAAUCCGUUCUUCGUGAAGAACUUCCUGGUGACGGGCGACUGGCGGGCCAGGAUCUGGUCGGAAGAGGCCAAAGAUGGGCCCAGCACUAUGUACUUCCGUAAGAACUCCCAGAUCGCGUGCGGGGCCUGGAGCACGGGCCGGUGCUCCAUGUUCGUAACGGGGGACAUGAAGGGUGUCGUGGAUUUCUGGGACUUGCUUCUCCACCAGCGCAAGCCCAUUCUCUCCAUCGAUUUCAAGGUGCCCAUCAAGGAUGUGGUGUUCAGGCCGGAUGGGGACUUACUAGCUAUUGCCCUCCAGAGCGGGGACACUGCCAUCCUGACCUUGGACGAGGCCAUGCGCCAGGCCACGGGCAAGGAGAAGGCUCUUAUAGGAGCCAUGUUUGAGCGGGAAAUAUCCCGGAGCAAGAUCCUGGAGGCUCGCGUGGAGGAGAUGAAGCUCAAAAGGCGCACCAUGCUGCAGGCAGAGGAGGAUCGAAUACGACGCGAACAGGAGGUGAAAACGGCCCUCGAACUCGAUCCGGAUAACCCCGAUCAGUUCGUGAUGAUGAUCGAGGGCGAUGAGCAGUUCCGGACAGCUAUCAGCGACUUCCAGGACACGAUCCUGGCCGUGGAGCGGAAGCGCUCCAAGCGCCAGGUCACCAUGGAGCGCACAGUCUUCGAGUUGGUCGAGGCGGCGGAGGAGCUACUGAAGGGCCCGGCCACAGUGUAUGCACCGCCUUCGGACGGGCCUGCCUCGGAGCCGCGGGAGCAGCAGUCGCCCGGUGGUGGUGGCAGCCGCAGGACCUCGGCUCAGGCCCAAGGACCCACCAAGGCGUCCCCGGAGGCGUAGGCGACAGAGGUGGCAGGCAGUGGAGCUGCGAGUAACCUGACCCCCCAAGUGAACCACUUCGUCAUCUUUAAUGGAGUACUCUUUGGAGACUUUAUUGCGUACCCACACGACCCACACACACGGCCCUAAUUAAGUAACAACCUUUCUAAGUCUUAAUUGUCCAGGGGAGCUGACUAAAUUCACUUUCAUACAGCAAUUACGAGUAGCUG